UAAUGUUAUGUCAGUUCCUCCAAUAAUGGCUGUAGUCAUGGUCUUAUUUCUCUUUUAUAAUGCUGCUGCCUUUGUAGAAGAGGAGAAACAUGCUUUGAUUCAGAGCAAAUGGUGGAAUUAUCAUUAUAGCAAUGAUAGCUACCAUAACGACUUGGUCGACCCCUGUGAAUGGGAGGGGAUCACUUGCAAUGAAUUUGGAAGUAUUAUUGGGAUUUGGAAACCAAGUAUCCCUCCACAGCAGCCUCGCCUUGCAGAUCUAAACUUCACUGCAUUCCCUAAUCUAAAAUACCUAGCUCUUCAUGGGAUGGGGUUGGUACCAUUUCAACUCAGAUUAGAAGUCUUAGCAAUCUCACCUAUCUAUACUUGUCUAAUAACAAUCGUACUGGUUCCAUUAUGACUCAGAUAGACGUUCUUCAAAAUCUCACUCAAUUAGAAGAAUUGGAUUUGAAUGGAAACAAGUUAAGUGGA